AUGGACAGCAUUGCCACCACCCGGGUCUUGCUACUUUCUGUCAUCUGUUGGUCCCUUCUUGUCAAUUAUCUCAAUGCUGCGGGUUCAGCCCCAAAACCGUUGAUAUUGAGUUGUGGAAAGAAAGGUGGUGGCCAUGACGAGUCAGGGAGAAAAUGGGAGUACGAUUCAGGCUUCCUAGUUUCUACUCAACAAACCGUGGAGGCUGGCGCUGAGGUCCAAGACUCUUCGCUGUCUUCUGAUGUACCCUUCAUGAAUGCGAGAAUUUUCACGUCGGAAGGAACCUAUAACUUCCCGGUAAACAAGAGCAGUCACUACUUUCUCAGGCUAUAUUUCUAUCCGUCUCCCUACCCAAACUUCAACACCACCCAAUCAUACUUCUCGGUUGUUGCGGGCGGGUUGACACUCUUGAAAAAUUUUAGCGCUGCCAUUGCAGCACAGGCUCUGACACAAGCUUACAUCAUGAGAGAGUUCUAUUUGGCUCCUCUGAAUUCGGAUGUUCUUAAAGUCACCUUUAAGCAAUCCGAAGACAAUGGUUCUUUUGCAUUUGUCAAUGGCAUAGAGGUGAUACCAGCGCCCAACUUGUUCGACUCUGCCAAAAUGGUGGGCUUUGAUGAGCAAUCCCUCGAUGUUGGAUCCGCCAAUCUCCAAACGAUGGUGAGAUUAAAUGUUGGAGGUCAGUACAUUGCCCCGGCCAAUGAUUCCUCUGGUCUUGGUCGUAGUUGGUACGAUGAUACCCCCUACAUAUUCGGUUCGGCUUAUGGGAUGCCCAUGAUGAUCGAAAAGAACGAAACGAUUUCGUACAGCAAUUUUUCAGAAUCUGUAGCUCCAUUCGAGGUGUACGCCACCUCGAGACAAAUGGGGAUAGAUGGAGCAAUCACCGUGAAUUAUAAUCUCACAUGGAACUUUCGGGUGGAUACUAAUUUCACGUACCUUAUGAGGCUCCAUUUUUGCGAGUCGUAUUAUACCAAGAUGAAUGAGAGAGCUUUCAAGAUAUUCAUCAACAACGACACUGCCAUGCAAGAGGCCGAUGUUGUUGCUUGGACGGGUGGGGCACGGAUUCCCAUUUACAAAGAUUUUGCCAUCUAUAUUCCUGCUCAGGCCGGUGAAACUCUUUGGCUUGCAUUGGCCCCGGACGCCGAAGAUCAACCUUCCUAUUACGAUAUGAUUCUGAACGGGUUGGAGUUGUUCAAGAUCAGCAACGUCCGUUCCAACAGCCUCGCAGGACCCAAUCCCAAACUCUCAGAUUUGAUGCAGAAUCAGUUGGAUGAGGAAGCCAAUAGGUCCUUUCAGGAUGAUGAAGCCGCCAGGAAAGGCUACGCCACCGCAAUAAUUGGUGGAGCCACAGGAGGCGCUCUGGCUUUUGCUUUCAUCGCGGCUUUCGUGGGCUACAGGCGAAAGAGGAAGGUCGGGGGAGGUGCCGACGGCCACACAUCCAGCUGGCUUCCACUUUACAGCUCCCAGACUUCUGGGAGCAAAUCCACCAUCUCCGGCAAGAGUCACGGCGGCACCAACAUUUCGUCUGAUGCCGCGGCCAACUGUCGCUAUUUCUCCUUACAGGAGAUAAAGAAGGCCACCAAGAACUUCGACGACUGCAACGUCAUCGGUGUCGGCGGCUUCGGGAAGGUCUAUAAGGGUGUGAUUGAUGGUGACACGAAGGUGGCCAUCAAGAGAUCCAACCCGUCCUCCGACCAGGGAGUCCUCGAGUUCCAGACAGAAAUUGAGAUGUUGUCGAAGCUAAGGCACAAGCACUUGGUCUCCCUGAUUGGGUUCUGCGAAGACAAUGGGGAGAUGAUCUUGGUCUACGAUUACAUGGAACACGGGACUCUGAGGGAGCAUCUCUACAAAGGCAACAAAAUUACCCUAACGUGGAAGCAGAGGCUGGAGAUCUGCAUUGGAGCUGCGAGAGGGCUUCACUACCUUCACACGGGGGCCAAGUACACGAUUAUCCACAGGGACGUCAAGACCACCAACAUUCUCCUGGAUGACAAGUGGGUUGCUAAGGUUUCCGACUUUGGCCUCUCCAAAACGGGGCCCGAAUUAAUGAACCAGCAGGACCAUGUAAGCACUGUGGUGAAGGGCAGCUUCGGGUACUUGGAUCCCGAGUAUUUCAGGCGCCAACAGUUGACAGAAAAGUCUGAUGUCUACUCCUUUGGUGUCGUUCUAUUCGAGGUGCUGUGCGCCAGGCCAGCCCUCAAUCCAAGCCUACCAAAAGAACAAGUCAGCCUCGCCGAUUGGGCUCUGCAUUGCCAGAGGAAAGGGACUCUCGCCGACAUGAUUGACCCCCACCUGAAGGGAAAGAUCGACCCCGAGUGCUUGCAGAAGUUUGCGGAGACAGCUGAGAAGUGUUUGGCGGACCAUGGAAUUUACCGCCCCUCCUUCGGUGAUGUGUUGUGGAAUCUCGAGUAUUGCCUGCAGCGGGAAGAAAACCCAGAUGGCAGUGCAAAACCAGCCUCCGGAGCUAGCCGCGGCGGCGAUGACGAGCAGAUGGAUCACCACAGUUUCUUGGCCAUGCACAGGAAUACGUUGAGUCUAGGGAGUGAGCCUGAUGGCAAGGAUUCGGAAGAUGAUGGCACUGACGAUAUCUUCUCGCAAAUCAUCAAUCCAAAGGGGCGUUAA